CCUCACUCAAAUAUGCUUCAACAGCUUGGGAAUAAUCAUAGUGACCUAAAGAAUAGCACAUAAAAGAUUGGGUGAAGAGAACUGUUCUCAGGUUCCCAGAGGCUCAUUUAAAGUCAUGGCGCCAAGCUGAAGUUUCGUCUAAGUAUCGUCGGCAUGUUGUCAUGACCCUAGCUUUCAGCUUUGACCCACAUCUGAUCAUAAGAACAAUGAAAAAAAAUAUAUACAUUACAUCUAAUUAUCCAGUGGAUUAAAAGAUAAACUAUUAACCAACAGUCUCCCACACCUUUAGUGAAAUAAGCAGGUUAGUGAUGAUCUACAAGUCCUUAAUCAUGGUUUAACUUAGGUAGAUUUCUUUUUGUGGGGGACGCCUGAAAAGAUUUCAGAUUUCUAGCAGGAUAGUGUUCCUGCACCAAGACUGUUGUCCAAACCGGAACCAUUUUGAAUACCUUGGAAACCUGAUCUAAGACCGUUGUCACUGGCUAAAACAUGGCAGAUCUUCUGCGGUGUGGUGAAACUUUUCAGUUUGAAAAGACCGUUGAAAGACCAUCAAAGAAAAUACAAAUACGCAUUGGAACUUGAUAAAAAUGAGACGGUAAUGCAACAAAUAAUGAUAUAGGAACACAAGUAUUCUGUCAUUAAAGAUGCAAAGAAUAAACAAUAUAAAAUUGACAACUUGUUUUUUUUUGUUUUUUUUUUUAAGUUGUUAUUUUAUGAUCUUUGCAAAGACAAUGUUGAAAACCCCAAAGCAUAAAAGAUGAGUCAGAAAACGUUUUUCAGAGGUGUACCAACAAUGUAAAAAAGGAAAAUCAUUCCUUCCCAUGAAAAUGCUUUUAAGUUUAUAAAAAAAUCCAGUGAAAUAAUUUCAACAUCUACUGACUUAAUAUGUUUUCCACAAAUGAAUCAAUGGAAAAUAUGAGGCUCCUACAAAAAUGACACGCCUCCAACAGCCCAGAGUUUUUUUCUUUCUUUUUUCUGCGUCCAGCCUUUAAAUUCUAGCCUCUGUCAGCGACGCCUGUUUUUCAUGUCCAGAUGACCUUGCAGCCAAAUGAAUAACUCCACUGGUGUGGUUCUCUUUUCUCUGUCAGGCUUCAGUGGAUCAGCUACCCACCGACUAACACUUUUCUGUCUCAGUUUACUAUGCUACUGCCUCAUUUGGAUGGUGAAUGUGUUUCUCAUUCUGGUCAUAAUAUUUGAUCAAAGCCUCCGUGAGCCCAUGUACAUUAUUUUGUGUAGUCUGUGCAUCAAUGGACUGUAUGGGACUGCAGGUUUUUACCCCAAAUUUCUGUCUGAUCUGUUGUCUGAUAGAUAUGUCAUCUCAUAUAUAGGAUGCUUUCUGCAAAUCUAUGUUAUAUAUUCCUAUGCAAAGGUUGACUUCUCUAUUAUAGCGUUGAUGGCUUAUGACCGAUAUGUGGCCAUCUGCAGGCCCCUGGAGUACCACUCUGUAAUGUCAGUGCAGAGGACGGCAGUGUUGGUGAUGCUGUCCUGGCUUGUUCCUCUGUGCUGUGAGAUGACUGUUGUAAGUCUAACAUCAACACUGAAACUGUGCGGCUCCCACAUCGACAAGCUUUACUGCGAGAACUGGUCACUAGUCAAACUUGCUUGUGGUUCGACUAAAGCGAACGACGUAACAGGACUCAUCUUUGUUGUUUUUUACAUCUGUCAUGUUCUCUGGAUCGUGUUUUCAUAUGUGCAGCUCAUCAGGUCGGCUCUGAAGUCCAGAGAAGGAAAAGGAAGGUUUGUGCAGACUUGUGUGCCUCAUUUUUUAUGUGUGCUCAACGUCACAGCCUCUCUGCUUUUUGACAUCAUGUACUCCAGGUACGGAUCUGCAUCUCUGCCGCAGACUUUAAAGAAUUUCAUGGCCAUCCAGUUUCUCCUUGGGCCACCUCUUCUAAACCCGGUGGUUUAUGGGCUGAUUCUCACUAAAAUUCGUAAAAGAAUGAUACGAGUUUUAUAUGUGGUGUGUAACAGACUUAAAUUAAAAAACAAUGUGUAAACAUUCUGCCUCACUUUGUUGGUCCCAUUUAAGGUUUCAAUCAAUCCAUUCUGAAAUAUGUAUCAUUUGAAAUAAUUGGGAGAAAAUAUGCACAUAAUAUGAAGACAACAUUUAAAUGUACAUGGUUUAUCAAAAUCUAUCAGAAAACAUGGAUUUAUAUUUAUGUAUUAUAGAAAUAAUCUAUAAAUAAUCAUUACAAAAAUCCGUUUUUAUUGCUUUAGACUUUUUUCACUAAAGUAACUUAAGUCAUUUGCAGCUUUUAUAAUAUAGAACCGAAAUAAAGCAGAGUCUGUUGUGGUGUAUUUAUUAAUAAUCAAGCAAGUAUUUGUUUAUAACAAGUGUUUUUUAGAAGAACAAGGAUCCAAAGUCUCUUGCUGGUUCCUGGAUGUGUGUGGAGCACCUGGCCUGCACUGGGUGUUGUUAGGUUACGGGUGCUGCUGUGGACCUUCAGUAAAAAAAAAAAAAAAA